AUGAUGCACCAAGGGUUGGUUCAUGAGAAACCCGAGGCCUGUGCUUGGAUGGCAGGUGGAGAAGGUGUCACUGAGGAGGGGGACAAUAAGCAGACUCCCAAUAUUGAAGGGGGCUCGGAUCUUGUUAUUGAAGGGUCGAACCCUGAUCACCUUGCUGGUUCUAUGGUGGGUUUUGAGAUUAAAAGGAAGAAAAGGAUGCCCAGACAGAGGAGAUCAUCUUCUACUAUCAAUCACCUUCUCUCCUUUUCUGCUAAUGCUUCCUGCUCUAACACCACUAACUUGGACGUGCCCACCUUCUCUCUUCAGGACCCUUCUUACCUCCCCGCACGUGCCAUUGAUCCAAGGAGACUGAGAUUCCUUUUCCAAAAGGAACUUAAGAACAGUGAUGUAAGCUCUCUGAGGAGAAUGAUACUCCCAAAGAAAGCAGCCGAGGCACACCUCCCUGCUCUUGAGUCUAAGGAGGGGAUUUUUAUCAGGAUGGAUGACUUAGAUGGUCUACAUGCUUGGAGCUUCAAGUACAGGUACUGGCCUAAUAACAAUAGUCGAAUGUAUGUGCUUGAAAACACUGGGGACUUCGUUAGCGCUCAUGGAUUAGAGUUAGGAGACUUCAUUAUGGUAUACCAAGAUAAUCAAAGUCAGAACUAUAUCAUCCAAGCUAAGAAGGCCUCGGACCAAAAUGUAUAUACUGAUAUAGCUAGAAAUGCUGUCAAUGACUUUGUUGCUCACGAUUAUGAAGUCAGCAAACUCAGCUCCUUUUAUGUGAACUAUCCUGUGGUUGACAACGCAGGCUUGUCGUUUAUCUAUGACACCACUGCCUUCUCAAAUGACUCACCCCUUGAUUUUUUGGGUGGAUCAAUGACUAAUUUCUCAAGGAUUGGGAAUCUGGAAAGCUUCGGAUCUGUCGAGAACUUGUUUCUGGAUGACUUCUAUUAG